GAACGUUUGCAGGGAUCGGGACACAGACAGCGUCAGCCGCCAGGUGGCAGCACUAACCAAAACGUUUGCCUACCAAGAUCUCUACAAAUUUUAAUUGGUGUAAUAAUCCCGUAAUAUCUGCACAAUCAUGUCUACCACUCAGAAGAGACGCAGCGAUCUCAACCCAGAAGAAUUAUCAGCACUUGAGAAAGAAGAGUUUGCCACUGGACCACUGCGCAUCCUCAAUGAAUCUGUACAAAAUAACACACAGGUUCUUAUCAAUUGCCGGAAUAACAAAAAGUUGUUAGGAAGAGUCAAGGCAUUUGACCGCCAUUUCAACAUGGUUCUGGAGCAAGUAACCGAGAUCUGGAUGGAACAGCCAAAGACAGCCAAGGGCCAAAAGAAGGCAAAGCCUGUUAACCGUGAAAGGUAUAUCCAGAAGAUGUUUCUACGAGGAGAUUCUGUGAUCAUAGUUGUGAAGAAUCCUUUAGGGAGCCAGCAGAGUGCAUAAUGCAUUAUCAAUGUGUGUAUGGGAGCUUGAUAAUCAAUGCCGAAUAUUCAGUCACUGUGCGGUAUUUUCUAUGAAUAUUUUUCAGUUCUUUCAUGAUACUUUCAGACAUUUUUAAUCUAUAUUCAUGAAGUCUUAAUUUAAAGAACUUUUUUUUUUCAAUUAUGAUUUGUACUUUAAUGUUUUUUGUAAUAAAUGUUGAAAAGUCUA